GGUCUGCACUCUCUUCUCACCGACGGCGAUGAGCCGUCGGAAUCUACUGGUUCCAUGUUGCCCAACCAAAACCCAUUACGACCCACCUCCUGAAACAAGCCAUGGUGGAGAUAUCGCUGCUCGGCCGGUUUCAGUUGCACCAGCAGAGGGGGGCGGGUUCGGGUCGACCCAUGCCGAGUUGCGGCCCGUUGCGUUCAAUUUGACUGAUUUUGGGGGAGUUGGAGAUGGGGUGACGCUUAACACGGAGGCGUUUGAGAGGGCGGUGUCGGCAAUUUCAAAGCUUGGGAAGAGAGGCGGCGGACAGCUCAAUGUGCCACCCGGGAAGUGGCUUACGGCGCCCUUUAAUCUCACUAGUCAUUUGACUCUGUUUUUAGCUGAGAAUGCUGAAAUUCUUGGAAUUGAGAAAGCAUUAAGGACUGUGUUGCAGUUACACUGUGGAGCAUAUGGAACAACCGAAACAGUUGCUCCUUUCAGCAUAGAUGUUCAAAACAUGACCUUACGGUUCAUUGGAUCUCAAAAUACAUCACGGAAUACACAAAGUGCGGCUGAAGUUGGAAACAAGAUCAGACAGUUGGAGAAUAGAGUUUCGCCAGUUGUCUGGCAACCACCACAGGGGGAUAUAAUAAAGAUUAAUACAGAUGCUGCUGUCCCACAAAAUCAGAACACAAUCAGUCUAGGAGUUGUCAUCCGGAGUAGUGAAAGUAAGGUUUUAGGGGCUGCACAAAUAAACUGCACUUUCAAGGGGUCAGUUCUUCAAGCUGAGGUUAUGGCAAUUGAUUUUGCACUACAAUUAGUAAAGGAAUUUGGCUGCAAAAGAGUUGAAAUUGAAUAUGAUAGUGCAUAGGCUGUAGCUAUAGCCAACCCUACCGAUGAAUGCAUCUUCCUUUGGGAGCAAUUGUUGAGGAACUUCGAGCUAGAAAGUCUUAUUUUUUCUCUGCAUUAAACAUGUAAAGAGAGAUUGCAAUGUGUUGGCUCAGAGACUGGCACAUCUUUUGUCUCCUUCUCCACCUUGGGAGGGUGUUUGGUUCGAUUCUCUACCCUGCUUUAUGUCCUGUUUCUGAUUACUAAGCAAUAAUAUAUCUCUUUUAUAAAA